UAUUCCCGAAAGAUGGCGGCGGCGCCUCCAGAUGAGGUUAGCCUGCAGUCGCGAAUCAACAAGGCCACAAACCCCCUGAAUAAGGAGAAUGACUGGGACAAUAUCAAGGGAUUUUGUGAUCAGCUCAACAAUGAACCAGAAGGUCCACAGCUUGCGACCAGACUUCUGGCUCACAAGAUCCAGUCUCCUCAGGAGUGGGAGGCUAUGCAAGCACUCAUGGUUCUUGAGACAUGCAUGAAGAACUGUGGAAAACGUUUCCAUAGUGAAGUGGGGAAGUUCCGCUUUCUUAAUGAGCUCAUUAAAGUGGUUUCACCAAAGUAUUUAGGUGCCCGUGCUCCAGAGGUGGUGAAGAAGAAGGUGCUAGAGAUGAUGUACACCUGGACGGUGAGACUUCCAGAUGAGACCAAGAUAGCAGACGCUUAUCAGAUGCUGAAAAAACAGGGCAUUGUCAAGCAGGACACUCUGCUUCCUGAUGACAGGCCCCUCCCAACCCCUCCACUCAGAUCCAAAAGUGCCAUCUUUGAGGAUGAGGAGAAAUCCAAGACGUUGUCCCGCUUAUUGAACAGCACUCACCCAGAAGAUCUAAGAGCAGCAAACAAGCUCAUCAAGGAAAUGGUCCAGGAAGAUCAAAAGCGAGUGGAGAAAGUAUCAAAGCGAGUGAACGCCAUCCAGGAGGUGAAGGAAAGUGUCAACCUGCUGAGCCAGCUGCUGGAAGGCUAUAGCAAAGAGAGCAGCUCCCAGAGCAACCAGGAUCUCAUUAAGGAUCUGUACCAGCGUUGUGAAAAGAUGAGGCCCACGCUGUUUCGAUUAGCCAGUGACACAGAGGAUAAUGAUGAAGCUCUGGCGGACAUCUUACAAGCCAAUGACAGCCUGACACAGGUCAUCAAUCUGUACAGACAACUGGUAAAGGGGGAGGAGGUACCAAAAGAUGGCACUACCCUGCCCUCACAACCAGGCAGCACCAGUAGCUCAGCACUCGUAGACCUGAUGGGGCUGAACACGUCAGCCAACACGGCACCAUCCGACCCAGAGCCCUCCAACCUCCAGUCCCUGACUCAGAACACGGGUAUCAACCUCCUGGAUGAUGAACUCAUGUCUCUGGGACUGAAUGUAACCGAAAACUACAACUCCCAGAACUCAUUCCAGACCUCUGAUAGCACAGACUCGUCUGCUCCGCCUGUAGCGGCUGCGGUGCUGCUACCAGCUAUGGUACAACUACAGCAGCAGGCUCCACCAACAGGGGGCUCCACUGCUCCUCCUAAAGCCAUGGAAGAACUGGAUUUGCUGGGGAAAACAUUGCUGCAGCAGUCUUUACCUCCAGAGUGUCAGCAGGUCAAAUGGGAUAAGAACCAACCUCAUUCCAGAGUCACUUUACGGGAUCUCCAGACCAAGUCCAGCAGUAACGGCAAGAGCAGCCCUAGGCCUCUUCCAAACACCACGUCCUCUCCCACCACUCCAGGGCUAACGUCCAGUCUCCCCGUCCAAUCGGAGCAGCCCGACGCUCUCCUCCUGUCUAACCUCAGUCUCACAGCUGUGGAGAAGAGCUUGACCCCUGCAGCCGACCUGUACGACACCAUCUCUCUGGCUGAAGUCACCGUGCCUCUGGAAUCAAUCAAACCCAGUAGCCUGUUACCAGUGACUGUGUUUGAUAAACACAGUCUCCGGGUGUUGUUUACCUUUGCCCGGGACUGUCCUCCGUCACGGCCGGAUGUGCUGGUAGUCAUCAUCUCCAUGCUUUCCUCGGCCCCAACUCCCGCCACCAACAUCCGCUUUCAGGCAGCUGUGCCCAAGGUGAUGAAAGUGAAGCUGCAGCCUCCCUCCAGUACUGAGCUCCCGGCCUUCAAUCCCAUCCUGCCUCCAGCUGCUGUCACACAGAUCCUGUUACUGGCUAACCCACAGAAGGAAAAGGUGCGUCUGCGGUUCAAACUCACGUUCAACCUGGGGGAGAAAUCUCAUGACGAAUCUGGCGACGUGGACCAGUUUCCCCCUCCAAACACAUGGGGGAACCUUUAGUGAGACGGACCGCUUCCCUCUCAUCAGAUCUGCUGCUUCCGUUUAGAUUUAUGUUACAAAGUUGUCCCUCAUCACUGGCAGAGGCCACGUGGCCUCUUUUUUCUUUCUUUUAUUUAACACUUUGAAACUUUUGGUUUCCAGCCAAACUGACGUGAGAAUGGCUAUGGGAGCCAUCUUCUUCUUGUGCCUUCCUUCACAGCCUUCCUGUCUUUACUCCGUCAUCUCCAUGUUCCUGUGUUAUGUAGCCUCUCCUCUCCUGUCAAUCAGUGCAGACGUGUGUAACAGCAAACUGUCAGAAACAUUGACUCAGUGACUUCUGGGAAAAACAAGUUGAUCCUUUUCAAUGAACAGAAUGUAUGUGCAUUUAUCUCAUUUAUCUCAUCCUGUGUCAUGUGAGCUACACGUGGCGGCUGGUGUCAAACAUUACGUCUGUUUUUUUUUAAUCAUAACACCCUGACACUCUGUCUGAUGCAGACCUGACCUGGAAUUUAAAAUGUUCAGAGUAUUUUCACAAACUUGUAUGUCUGCCGUUGGAGUCAUUAAUACUGAUUCUCUGUUCAACUCUAAAUGAAAGAAUGGCUUUAAGUGGUAUUUUAUUAGUAAUGAUAAUGAUAAUAAUAAUAAUGAUGAUUAACCAGAAGGCAAAAAACUUAUAUUCAAUCCAUAAAUAAAUCACCAUCAUAACUGUAGUUUCAGUUUCCUAUAAAAAUGAAUGUUCUCCCAGUUUCAGCACUACCACAGUGUUUGCAGGUGUAGCAGUGGACGGAUCAGAUGAUAGUAUUGUGUUCACCUUACUGUAACUCCUGUAAAUGAGAAAAAGCUUUUACUUAACAGCUGCAUCUGUCACUCAUCUGUAGCACAGAGCAGAGAAUGAGGAAUUACUAUGAAAUGCUGUAAAUGACCGUAACACGAAUGGGAUCAGUUCAUAUUUUUUAAGUAUUGUCUUGUUUUUAAUAUACUUUGUUUGGAAUGAAGACAGUUGGGUCGUUGUCUAAAUUGUGGCAGUUUUUUCCCACCGCAGCAACAUGAACGGUGUCUCCAUGUCUCAUUAAGCAUCGACAUUGGCGUAUAUCAGGACACUAAUGAAAAGUAUAUUCUGUGUAAAAGGUCCGUGAAGGAAGGGAGGGUACACAUUCUCCUCCAUUCACAUCCUCCUCCCCCCUGUAAAAGAAAAAAAAAGUUAAUUUUUUAUUUCUGCACUUUUCUCUGUUAUAUGUAUACACAACACACGGGAAUGUCACACGUGUCCAAAAUUACGUUUCACUCAGGAUGUUGAUUUGGAGAUUUUCUUUUUGACUCAAAUAUGCACUUGUUUUUUUUGUUUAAAGUUUGCACAUGAAAACAUUCCUUUUCACUGUCUCCUCGUUUGUUUGCUGCUCUGUCGUUCACUCCCAGAUCUUGCAAGAUAAAAACAAAAUCUACUCA